AAGUGAAGUAUAGUAUACUAUAGUAUAAAGUAUUGUACAGUUUAUAGAAGAUUAUAUGUGCGACAUAUGAUAAUGCUACAGGUAUUUAAAUAACCAGGUAGAAGGAAAGCUGUAUUUUGAAGUAAAGUAUACAGAUGUCUAAAGGGGAUACAAGACACUUUCCCCAAUCUUUAGUUACUAUGGCGUUAUCAUUUAGAGAUUUUAGAGACAGAAUUGAAGUCGUUGUUUCUAAAAACGACCUGAAAGCUGUUGAGGACAUUAUAAACAAUCCAAUAUCAUUGAAUGAUUACGAAAGCCAGUGUUAUUAUUAUUGCAGAGUUAAUCAUUGUGUUGAGGCUCUAAAAAAGAAAGACAUCGCUCUUCUGAAGCUGCUUCUACCACUGAGGUACAUCAUCAUCGAUGGUAAAUUAGACGAACUCAUCAGCAUCAAGUUAAUAAGCACGGCAAUCAAAUCAGAUUUUGCGGAGGGUGUGGAAUUUCUACAUUCCCAGGGAUUAAUUCUGGAAGUUGGGAAACCGGUAACCAAAUGUUGCUCUACUUACUACAAUUAUAACAAGAUGCACGAAAGUUGGAGUGCUCUGGUGGAGAGUGUAGAAGAUGGGAGCUGCAACGUGUUGAGAUAUUGUCUCUCGGUCCCGAAUCUCGACAAGGAUCCCGAUCCCGAUCUGACUCUGAUAAUGAGGGCGUGUCAGGGAGACAACAUACGGGUUCUAAAUAUCUUAUUAGAUAGCGAAUUAAAACAAACGGUGAAUCGACAAACGAGUAUGACAUACCAUACUGCUUUACAUAUGUGCAUACAAGGGGAAGCAACCACUGAUAAACAGGCCUUUAUAAAAGCUUUGGUUGAAGCAGGAGCACACGUGAAUGCACCUUCAGUAAAUCCAUCUUUGAUUCCUAUGUUUAUGGCGGUUGAAGCAGGUUUGACCAAAAGUCUGAUUUUCCUCGUGGAAAACGGUGCUGAUAUAAAUGUAACUGAUAAAGAAGGAAAUGGGGUGCUUCAUUAUCUGGCGGAAAAUCUCAACAACACAGACCACAUCGAGCAGUGUGUUGAUAUUUUCAAAGACCACAUCGAUGACCGCAAUCAGCAACAAGAAACGCCUCUACAUCUAGCAGCUCGCAAAGGAAAUUUACUUAUGACUAAAUCUUUAAUAAGUCUCAAAUGUGACAUAAAUAAAAGGGGCGGAAACGAACUAAGGUCGCCAUUAUUAGUCGCAUUAAUGGAAUCAGAGUGUGAGAUCGCUAAAACAUUAAUCUUGGCCGGAUCUGACGUCGGUCUUGCGGAUAAAGAUGGUGUCACGCCCAUAAUGAAAUCAUGUACUCUAAGACAUGUUGGUCUAUUUAAACUUUUGGUUGAACAUGGGGCCGAUAUAAAUGCCACAGACAAUAACGGAAAUGCAAUCUUUGAACAUUGUUUUAGCGAGUCCGCUAUUCCCAGGGUGGAAUCUUCAUGUGCGGAAUUUCUAGACGUCCUGUUGUCGAUAAAACGUAACAUAUUGCUCAACCCGUCCGUGAUUAUAAAAGCCAUUAAGAUGCAAGACGUCCGCGCUUUAAAACUGUUACUACUUCAUUGUUGCGACAUAAAUAAAAUCAGCGAAAAUGGAGAAACCCUCCUGAUAGUAGCGUGUGGCGUUGAUGAUGUACAUGUGGUACAGCUCCUAAUACAAAGCGGAUGUGACGUCAACGGUACAAACUCCCAUGGCGAAACCGCUUUACACAAGGCAGCUGCCAUUCAACGAUUAUUUGGAGCCGAGAAAAUAAGCGAAGUCAUAAAACUUUUACUACAACAUGGAGCUGAUGUAAAUGUAAGGGAUAACAACGGUAAGGCAGUUAUUAUGCUUGUAACUGAGACUGGCAACACAGAUUUAUUCCAUGCAUUUUUAAAAGAAGGCGCGGAUGUUAAUUCACAAGACAAUGAGGGCAAAACGGCAUUGAUGAUUGCAUUAGAAAAGAACCGCGACGCUUUGUCAAGGGCGUUGAUUGAAAACAUGGCGAAUGUGAAUUUGUUUGAUAAGAGUGGCAGAACAGCUUUAAUGAUUGCAGCAGAGAAAAACAACAAAUCUCUUAUUGAAGAGUUGAUCACUGCUGGGGCUGAUGUUAAUUCUGUUGACAAUAACGGAAGAUCGGCUUUGCACUAUAUUGCGAUUAAGGGUACAAAUCGUUCAUGGAUCAACUGUUUCAAAUUACUCUUAAUGCACGGAAGUAACGCAUCCCUGGACGUUCCAAGACAAAAUGGAGAAAAAAUACUUUAUAAUCUUCUGGCGGUUGAUGAAGUGGAUUUAAAUUGGUUUAUGUUAAUUGAGAAUUGUAGUUUGAAGGUUCUACCGGUCCGAUCCUCAAAUUCUUAUUUACAAUACCACACUGAGCCUCUUAAUCUGGCUAAAAUAUUAUACCAGAGUGGCUGUAAUGCAGUAAUCGCUGGAUUCACCCUGAUCUUAGAUCCCAAUGGCGGUAAAGAAUUAUCAAAUCAGUUUUCUCUGUUUCGAAGAGAUAUGAGUUUGAAGUCAAUCUGUAGACGCCAAAUAAGGUUGUGUAUAGGAGCCGGUCUGGGAUUUAAAUUAUCCCUGACUAGCCUGUCUUGUCCCCUUAAAGAAUUUGUUCUCAUGAAAGAUGUAAUUGAUGAAGGGUACUUCAAACUGAAAUUAAAGGAGAGCGAUGACAAGUCCCUUACCUUCAGUAAUUUCCUAUCUGACUUUAAUUUCAACAAACCACUCAACUUGGACAAUCCCUUUGCUUUUAAGUUCAAGUAAGAGUCUUGAUAAUCUUAUCCCUAACCCUGAAACGUCAUUGGUUCAAAGCCUUGAUUUUCGAUUAUCACGUCAGAAUUGGGAUCGAGGGCUUUAUAUAUCAAACGAAUACAUGUAUACAGAUAGCAAUGUGGGGCUGCUUCUCCCUUUGAUUUGAUUAUGACAAGACAGCCAAUGUUUUAACCCCAUGUUCUUUAAAGUGACUUUGUAAUGUACAAGAACUUUCCUUUUAUGUUUUUACCUUUUCGUAUUACUCCUUCAUAAGUAAUGACUUGGGGACAUAGAUUUGUUUUACUUGACAAUUACUUGAAUCACUAACCCAGGCAGUGGUGUGCAAAGGUUUGCGGCUCAAUCCUUGAUUGUAUGCCUCCAACACUCAAGUAUAUUAUUGAAAAUUUAGAACGGAAGAACUCCAUGUCAGUGGUGCAGGAUCGAGGGCCUGGCAAGGACAACGUAUAGUAGUUCAGAUGGGACGAAAAACUGAGAUUUCGUGUACACAUUGGAAUGCGCGUAAAAGAUCCCUUGACAGUUGGAAUUCGAUAUUUAUAGUCUUUAGAUGCCUAAAUAGUUGAGACUAAUAAAAGCUAUAUUUAGAUUUAAGUCACUGUAUUUAUAUAUAGUGAGGGAAUAGAUAUUUGGUAACUGUAUGAAUAGUAAGUUGACGGAUUCUUUCUAUAUAUGUUUUAUAAUAAUAUUGCUAUCAGCCAUAUAGUAUUUUUAAUUUUAUAAUUUAAUAGAAACCCAUGUCUUGUUAUUUAGCAUACUAUUAGUGAGUUUAUAUCCCUAUUAUAUAAUCUAUUUUUUUGAAAAUGUACCAUAAUACAUUGUCUAAUAUUAUUGAGUAUUAUUAUCUCCCUUUACUUAAAGAGCUGAAUUUGAAUGUAUAGCAUGCAAUUAUAAUUUAUAUGCAUAUCCUAUGACUUAUUUAACGUAAUUGAAAUAUACUUUUGUAUGUCAGUUAAAUAAUGUUGGAUUUAUAUUGUUGACAAUGUAUACUUUGUUUACUUAAGGCACGUAUAGUUCAUAAUUUUGCAUGAGCUGUGGGAAUGAAUUCUCAGAAUCGAUGCUAUCCUGUCGAGACGGCCAGGCGAACGUGUUCUCCCGCACUAGUAGCCUUAGUCAGUUGUUCUCACUGGGAUAUCCGUCUCCACCUAAACUUAUAGUUCUUGAGAAAUUCUCUUUGAGCGCACGGUCGUUAGAUGCUUGCAUCUAAUGAAAGAUACAGUCUUUAACUGCUUGUAGUUAAUGAAUAGUAUAACUUUAAGCUAUUACACAGGACAGAUCACAGAACAACUUGAACUGGGACAGUUCGCCUCUUUAUAAAUAGUGUAAGAGUUUUCCCAGUCCAUUAAAACU